AUGAACGACUUCGACCGACUAUCUCUCUGCUCAUCUAACACGCCGACGGCCGAACACUUAGGAUGUGUUCUCCCCUACGAUGGGAGGACAGACCGGAGAUCUUUUCAAUCAUCCCUUGGCCCAGGAGUUAGCCACCAGGUGGCCCCUGGACAUACUGGAAUAUCUACAGGCGCCAGUGCUUUCAUCGACGCUAGUCAGCCACCGAAUCCGAAGGUGCCCAUUUCCAAGUCGACUAAGAGGACUUCGGCUAUUGGCGACCAUGCCAGUCGUGCCGGUCGAGCUUGCGAGAACUGUCACAAGCGGAAAUAUAAGUGCAGCGGACAUCAACCAACUUGCCGGCGAUGUCAGGUGGCCGGGGUCCGUUGUGUGCAUGUGAAGGAUCUUGCAACCCAAGUACACACGUACGAACAUCUCUUGCAAGAUGUUUGUUCUAAAUUGGACCCCCAGUCUUCGCAGCAUAUCCUGGGCGUGUUGAAUCGUCACAAGACCCCGAAAGAACAGUCUGCGGCGCCUUGUCCCUCGCCCCCUUCAUCCGCCUCGACAGAAACCGAUAACUCUCGUACAGUGAGCCGUACCACCGGGACCCAAAGAUCCCUACUGGGGCCACUGGACUACGCCAGCGAAGACUUCAACCGCGGUGAGAGAGUCCAAUCGAUAGGAUUUCUGGGCGUUCACUCCGAGACUACGUGGAUGUAUCGGCUGAAACGAUUGAUGGACGGUGGCGGUUCUUUGGCCCCAGCUCGGAACGAAGGCUGCCAUUCCGUGAGCUCUAUGGCUUACUUUGUGGAUGAAAAGGAUAGCCCCGUUGUAGCUGAUGUUAAUGUGUCACAGUUACCGCCCGGCGCGAUCGGUGACCAACUGGUUGAUACUUAUUUCAGGGUCGUGCACCCAUGCUUUCCAAUUAUUGGCCAGGCCGCUUUCUGGGGACAGUAUCAGUCGCUUCGCACGACGACUGCUCUGCCAAGCAGAAAGUGGUUGGUCAUACUCAACUUGGUAUUCGCCGUCACUGCGAAGUAUAUGUAUCAUGGUAACAGCAGUUGCAAGAACAGGCCACAUGACAGCCUUGUGUACUUCUCACGCGCGUGGAAGCUGCUCAUAAGUAGCACUGUCUUGGAUGCUCCCGAUCUACAACAAGUGCAGAUUGAAGGCUUAACAUCCUUCUACCUCCUCUCUGUUGGUCAGAUCAAUCGUUCGUGGAGGACCUGUGGCGUUUCUAUCUGUUCAGCUGUCGCGAUGGGAUUAAACCUCCGAAGCGAAAGUGACGCAAUCACGCACGUGUCCAAAGAGACUCGAUAUCGGGUCUGGUGGUCUCUGUACACGCUGGACAUCUUACUUUCUGUUAUAACCGGUCGCCCUCCCAGCAGCAAUGGUGAUUUCUGCACGACUCCGCUUCCCCUGCCUUUCAAGGAAGACAAUUGGUCAGAUCAAACGGUCGCCGCGCUCAUUGCAGAUCAUGGUGCUAGGACCGUAUUCAUACAGGGCCUGUCCAAGAGCGCAGGUGAAUCAACAGGUUAUAUACCAACAUGGCAUAAUUCCAGAAGCGCUCUGCGUGAUCUGGAUAAUCAGCGGGAGCAAGCCAACAUCAACCGACCCGGAUCACUGACGCCGAAUAACUCGCUCUACUUUCUACAUUUUAUUGAACUUGGAUUAAUCAUGCGACAGUCUAUAGAUGCAUUAUACGCCGCAAGCACCGUGCAGAAAUUGUGGUGCGAGAUUGAGAUAGAUAUCCACGGGUUGAUUCACAAGACGGAUGCUUGGCUUUCCAAGCUUCCUCCUGCGUUUCACUUCACGCAGGGGACGCGUGCGUUUGAGAGGCAAAGGUCGAGCCUUGCAUUUAGUUUCUACAGCACCAAGAUCCUUAUCACCAUACCCUGCCUUAGUCGCGUCACUGAAGAACCUACACGAAUGGGACCUGCUGGACUCUUUUGUGACGCCAUGGCCAACUUGUGUGUGGACCUUGCGGCUGACAUACUGGAUCUAUUACCUGAUGUACCGGACAUGACUUGGAUCCACGAUGUCUCCCCAUGGUGGUGUAUUCUACACUACUUGAUGCAAUCGAUUGCCGUGCUUCAAGUAGACUUGAUGCUGAAGGAGAACGCAGACACCAAGUUCGAAAGUGGGCGGCGACAAAUUUCCAAGGCAUCUCGUUGGCUAGAAACGAUGUCAACAGUAGAUCCAGCAUCCCAGCGAGCUUGCCUCAUCUGUACAGAGAUUCUAUCUUCUUUGGACUCAUGUGCUGCCAUGCGACAGGCAAGAAAUUCACUUUGA